GAAGGAUAUAGACCGGAAGUCACAUUAGGGUUACGGCUGGAGUGAAGGAGGGAAACGCUAAUCAGUGUCCCGGCUGGUUUCUUUAAAAUUUGUCCAACACUAAGGUUAAGAGAGACUUUGACUGGUGACGGUGAGUAGAUAUGAUGCAAACAAUAUUAUUUUUAGUGUUUUGACCGGUUAUUAACGUAACCAGUGGAAACAAACGAGCGGUUAGCGUUGUUAGCAGUGGAGUGUUAUGCUAAUCUCGUGGCUACAGUCACCAAGCUAGCUCAGACGCUCCAGGUACUCAAUGAGUUUAAUACCAAACAGAAGACUGGAAAAACAGCACUUAAAUCCCCUGAAGGAUACUCAAACAGCUGUCAGGGCUUCAUACAUUUUUCCAGUCAUGGUACUAGUAGUAGAAUUAGGUUUAAUGUUACCCAUGAAACCAGCGAUAUCGCUUGUUUGUCAGCUUACUCCACGAGGGUUCAUCUCCCGACAUGCUGUUUUCUGACAGUUUCAGCCAUAACUGUAUUCAGACGAAAAUAACGUGUUUUUGUCUCCACAAUCAUCUUACUCAACUGGGCUUUACUGUCUUGUUUCACACCGUGUGCGUUCCUGUUUCCAGGUAUCCCAUAAUGAUCAUCCCUGUCCGCUGCUUCACCUGUGGGAAGAUCGUGGGGAACAAGUGGGAGGCAUACCUCGGGCUACUUCAAGCAGAGUAUACCGAGGGGUGAGAUGAAUAAAAGCAUGCUAAUUACUGAGAUAAUUUGAUAAUCAUAUGUAGUUAAUAGUUGACUGUGUAAGAUUUUAUUAAACCACAAUUAAGACUCGAGUAAAAAAAAAAAUAACUUGCACAAGUCUUCAUGAAGUCUCCAAUCCUAGUACAACACUUAAAAACCUUUUAGUCUAUCCAGCAAUCAAACAAUUUAUAGAUUUUUUUCAUGGUUUUGCGUUGUCUAGCAAUUACCUCACCAUGGAGUAGGCCUGGGCGAUUUGGACAAAAAGAUGAUCACGAUAUGUUUCGUUAUAUCAUCUGAUCUCAAUCAUUAUCACGAUUUUUUUGUGUAUUUUUUUAAACUGCUAGUUUUAAAGCAUCUGCACUAAAAACUAAGGAAACUGGAUAUUAUUUCAACAUUUUAAUAACAUACAAAGUAAAUAAAGCAAACGGAAUAAGAUAGAUUUUAAUAAAACCACUUUAACUCAACAGUACAACAAAUGUAGAUAAAUACUAAAUGAAACAGUGAAUGAGUUUACAGUCCUGAGUGUUUCUGCAGGUAUGCAAGACCCAAAAUAAACAAAUCGCCCCCUCAGAGCUAAUGAAGACGUCUUAAAAUGUAAACAUUAGAUGAUGUAAACGUAGAUGAUAAGAUUGACUGCUGCUUUGGUCUGGUGGCUGCACCGCUAGUAACAUUAGCUAAACUGCUAAUGCUACUAGUGCCGUCAGCAGUGGUAGGCUGUGCAGACUCCGCUCACAUUUUCGUGCUUCUUCAAAUGAUUGAACAGAUCUGUUGUGUUGCCAGUUUUUGAGGGCACCGACCGCCGACAUACCUUGCACAUUGACUUCAUUGCUCAACGUCACGUUGAAGAUACCCGAACCACCGCCGCACGACCGACGUUGAUUAACUUUUCGUCUUAACUAUGGCAUCUUUGGAGGAUGACUCAAAAGUCACGGCUGAUGUCUAUUUUGCUGCCCUUAGCUCCGUGUUGAGCUCCACUUUCCGUCAUUCUGUUUACUUCUCAUGUAACUUACAGAGGUGAGCAUUGAUCGAGUAAAUAUGCUCACAGCUGAUUACCGUGGUCGAACUGAAAUUUAUCACAAUCAUUAAUCACGAUCAUAUAAUCGUCCAGCCCUACCAUAGAGUAUUGUUUUCAUAAACUUCCUUCUACUUUACGUAUUCAUUCAUUAAAUAUGUCAUGCACUAAGACUAACAUCACCUUCUCUCUUCCCUUUAAGUGAUGCCCUGGAUGCCCUUGGCCUGAAGAGAUACUGUUGUCGGAGGAUGCUCCUUUCUCAUGUGGAUCUUAUUGAGAAAUUGUUGAAUUACGCCCCACUGGAGAAGUGAUACUAUCAGUCCACUCUCAGGACCUGCAUGGACUUUGUGGGACUUAAGCGUGGACUGUUUCAUGUAUGCUAUCUGAAUAUGUGACUGCAAUUUUGGGCAACAGUGUGACUAUUUCAUAAUGCAUUUUCUUUUUUUUAAUAAAGUGACGAAAUGACACCAUUGUCUCUACCAUAGGCUUAUUAAAUGUCUCUAUUUAAACCAAAGGGUAAAAAUAUUUCUUACAUUUAUGCUGCACGAAAAAUAAAGCGGCUUCUCGUUUCUUUGAGCAAAAUACUUCUGUAAGUUUAGCUAACUUCUUUUUCUUCAUAUUUCAUGUUGAAGAAUCAAAUCAUCCUGUGUCGGUUUUGCAUAUGUUAACCAUUUUCUCAGAUUACCUGGUACAUGUCAGAAUGAACAGCCUCUAAAAGUUAAACAUAGGGAGUGUAUUAGCAAUUGAAGUGUUUAUUGUGCUAAUAGGGUUUGAUGAUCCUAGACAUUUGCUUGAUUUAAUGCAUCUCAAUUUGUGUUGUUGGUUAUUCGCCAUACAGAAUUUUUGCAUAAUACUGGAUAAUUGAGUAAAAAUGUAGGAAUCUGAGGUAAUGAAAGGAAACCACAGACCCACAUUUUAGGGGAAUGUUUUUAAUUUGUAAGUUUAAUACAAAAAAAUGAAAACAUUACACUGUAUUACAUAAGUUAAUAAGAGGUGAUGAUGUGCAUGCAAGCCUUGGAAUCUGAAAUCCAAGCAACAAAUCUACAACAUUUUUCUGAAUGCAGGUAAGAGUCAAAUUGUUUCCAGAUGACUAGUGAGCAAAAAAAAAGUACACUUAUGGACAUACGUCUUCAGUAUCGCCCCAGAUUCCUCCAAAGUCUUGAGCAGCUUGGUGCGGAGAUACUGUGCUGUGCUUCACACUUUGCCCUUCCAACAGUCUGUAAGAAAAAAAACAUACUAUUCAAAUCUAUGUUCACAGAUGUACAAUCAUGACUGUUUACUUUGCCCCCUUAAAAGUAAGUGAGUGGCUGCAUGUACAUUGUUUUAUCAGAACCAGAACUAAAUGGUACUCUGUCAUUUCAUUUUGCACCAUAUCACUGUUCAGAAAGCUCUUUAAUGCUGUAAACCUCUGUAGUGGAUGAAAAUCUUUCUUCAUCUUCUUGGUCUUUGUUAUUGGUGCAUGUAUGCUUGCUGAGUUAUUGCCCUAAUUUGUAUUAUUACCUCACAUUCAAAUGGAUCCUUCAAAGUAAUGAUGAAGUUAAUGAGACGAACUUAUUAAAAUCCCUGUUAGGCCUUCAGGUCUAAGUAUCUUACUUGUUAAUUCCAUGUAUCAUGAAAAUUAAAUCAGCACUACCCACUUGAAGGUAUACCUACCAAAUCAGCGGUGUCGGUCUCGGUCUCGGUGCCUUUCUCUCUCCCUUGACCGUCCAUGGUCCCUCUCUCCACUCCAGGAACGUUCUCUGCGUCUUCGAGGCGUCCCCGAACUUUCCCAACCAGAACG